AUGAAGGAAGAAAACAACUCACCGACUCCUGCCAUGAAAACAGCCAACUUCGCAGCCAUAUCUGCUUCUGUGCAGAGGUAUCCAAAUAUUCCGUAUCCACUGUUCGGUCAAACUUUCCCGUACAUUCCCUGGGAGUGGAUGACGGCUAUCCCAUCCAUGCCGAGCAUAAUGAGUCAACACAUUCAGUCCAUGGAACGCGCCAGAUGCGAACAAAUGAGCCAAAAUUCGGACGAGGAAACCAAGUCGGAGGCGAGGACUCAAUCCCCAAAGUCCUCUUCGGAACCUUCAGCUUCUUAUUCCUCACCUAAGACUCUGGCACAACCCACAUCAUCUCCUCUCAUAAAGUUCUCAAUAGACGACAUCUUAAAGCGAAGGGAACCUCAGAGACAAACGACGUUCGUGUCGUUAGCCACUGCUUAUCCCUUAUCAAAAAUGGUAAAAUCUGAACUUGACGAGGAUAUGGAAGGUGGUGUUUUCAAGGGGAAUUCACACUGCGACUUCAUAGAUAACGCCAGAUACUCAUGGCUUCAAUGCACGCGUUACCGGCCCCCAAAGUUACCACGCAUCAAGAAGAAGGAAGGUGGUAAGAAGCGGAAAUUGGGACGGAAUCCCCGUGUCCCGUUCACACAGCACCAAGUGGCGGCUCUGGAGCAGAAGUUUCACCGUACCCAUUACCUCAGUAGUGCCGAUGUUGCCGAGCUGUCCACCGCUCUCAACCUCACCGAAACCAGGGUAAAAAUUUGGUUUCAAAAUCGAAGAGCUCGGGAAAGACGAGACCGAGAAGGGGCCUCAAGGUCAGACUUGUCGGGAAAUAAACCUAUGACGUCAUCAGCUACUACGUCAUUUCCUCUACCCACAAUACUUGCCUGGCCAUCUCCGGUAGCACCCAACCCGUCAACCCUAACACAGUUCACCAAUGCUCUCAUUCCUGGAGGAAAGUCAGCCUUCAAACCUGUGUCUUGA